AUGGUCCCAUUUCAAGGAUGGAAAGACUGCUCUCCAAACCAGCUAGGUGGUUUUGAAGACGAAAGAACAAUUAUAGAUACAAAUUUAGUGGAUACAUGUGAGAGACAAUGUACUGACGUGUGGAUCAACAAUCAAAGCUCAAUAGGUGAUUUCAUCAUAUUGGGAUUUUCUGGCCAUCCCUGGCUAGAGACAACACUUGUAAUCUUUCCGGUGGCCUACAUCUUUGCCCUAUUUGGAAAUAUCUCCAUUAUGCUAGUUUUCUGCCUGGAUCCCCAGCCUGACAGCCCCACAUACUUUUUUGUCUCCAGCCUAUCCUUUCUGGACCUCUGCUACACCACCAGCACUAUCCCACAAAUGCUGGUCAACCUCCAGGGACCAGAAAAGACCAUUAGCUAUGGGGGUUGUGUUGUCCAACUCUAUAUAGCUUUGGCCCUGGGUUCUACUGAAUGCAUGCUUCUGGCCAUCAUGGCCUUUGACCAUUAUGCUGCCAUUUUCAAGCCUCCUCACUACCCAAUCAUCAUGAAGCAGAAACACUGUAUCCACAUGGGCACCUGGAUCAGUGAUUUUGCUAACUCCCUUGUCCAAUGCACUCUCACAGUGAUGGCUCCAAGAUGUGGACGGAGAGUGUUGGACCAUUUCUUCUGUGAAGUUCCAGCCCUUUUGAAACUAGCCUGUAUUGAUACUCGUAUGAAUGAAGCUGGGCUCAAUGUACUAGGCGUUUUGCUUCUCCUGGUGCCACUCACCAUCUUCCUGGGCACUUAUGUGUUCAUUGCUCAGGCAGUAAUGAGAAGUCUCUCUGCUGAAAGUCGCUGGAAGGCUUUCGAUACCUGUGCUUCACAUUUGCUGGUGGUCUGUCUCUUCUACUUCACACCCAUCAGUAUGUACGCCCCCCCUCCCUCUAGCUAUUCUCAUGACCGGGGGAGGAUCGUUGCUCUCUUCUGUGGCAUUGUCACACCCACCUUCAACCCAUUCAUCUACACAUUGAGAAACAAGGAUGUGAACGCUGUCAUAAGAAGGGCACUGACUAAGGAGUUUUGGAUUAAGACAAGAUGA